CUUUCUCGGUUGGGUUUGACGUUAGUUCAUUUACGCUCUGACAAGACGGGAAUCGAAAGGGGGGUAACGUUAGCUAAUUUUCUAGAUUUGCUGUUUUGAGAGGUCGUUUUAAUCAUGUCUCGCAGAUAUGAUUCCCGAACGACCAUCUUCUCACCAGAAGGUCGUCUGUAUCAGGUGGAAUAUGCCAUGGAGGCCAUUGGUCACGCUGGGACGUGCUUAGGGAUUCUGGCCAAUGACGGGGUGUUGCUGGCAGCGGAAAGGCGGAACAUUCACAAGCUGCUUGAUGAAGUCUUCUUCUCCGAGAAGAUCUACAAGCUGAACGAGGACAUGGCCUGCAGUGUGGCAGGAAUAACGUCAGACGCCAACGUGUUGACCAAUGAGCUCAGGCUAAUCGCACAGAGGUACUUGCUCCAGUACCAGGAGCCAAUCCCGUGCGAGCAGCUGGUGACUGCACUGUGUGACAUCAAGCAGGCCUACACACAGUUUGGAGGGAAGAGGCCUUUCGGAGUGUCUCUGCUCUACAUGGGCUGGGACAAGCACUACGGCUUUCAGCUGUACCAGAGUGACCCCAGUGGGAACUAUGGCGGCUGGAAGGCCACCUGCAUUGGCAACAACAGUGCUGCAGCUGUGUCCAUGCUGAAGCAGGACUUCAAAGAGGGGGAGAUGACGCUGUCAUCCGCCCUGGCCCUGGCCGUCAAAGUGCUGAACAAGACCAUGGAUGUGAGCAAGCUGUCUGCUGAGAAAGUGGAAAUCGCCACGCUGACCAGAGAGAACGGAAAGACCCGGAUUAAGGUGCUGAAACAGAAGGAGGUGGAGGAGCUGAUUAAGAAGCACGAAGCCGAGGAGGCCAAAGCGGAGAAGGACAAGAAAGAGAAGGAGCAGAAAGACAAGGAUAAAUGAGCCUCCCUUCCGUGUCCCUCCGUCCCGCUGACAUCCCUAGCAUUUUCAGCACACCGCAUCAUCUGUAUGUCUUUAUUUCUUUCUUAUUAAAAGUUUAACAUAUGUUGUC